AUGUCAAUCCCAGCUACUUCUCAAGCUCUGGUUGUCAGGCUCGACAGUAACGGCACCCCAAAGCUUGCCGAGGAACUGGUGCCAGUGCCUAAACCUGGAAGCCACCAGCUUCUAGUCAAGGUGUCUCACGUUGCCCAGAACCCCACUGAUGUUCAAUCCUUUGAUGGCAACGUGUUCGGUGAUGGUGCCGUUCUCGGCUGCGACUUUGUUGGCCACGUCGAGGAAGUUGGUCCCAGUGCGACAAGGAUCAAAAAGGGAACAGCCAUCGCUGGUCUGAUCUGGGGAGGUGAGACGAAGGGUAUUGGCGGAUACAGCAAGUAUACUCUUGCCGACGAGCGCAUUUCCUUCCCGGUUCCUCCGGGACUGAGCCCAGAAGCGGCAUCUACUGUCCCGCUUGCAUCAUGUACGGCCGUGCUUAGCUUGUUUUCCCAGGGCUGUCUGGCUAUCGAUGCGAGCGGCGACGAAAAGCCGACAGUUCUCAUCUGGGGUGGCAGCUCAAGCGUUGGGCUGUAUGCGGUUCAGAUUGCAAGUCUGCGUGGAUUGCAAGUCAUCUCGACCUGCAGCCCAAAGCACCACGACCUUGUAAAGUCGUACGGAGCGAAGGAAGUAUUCGACUAUCGAGACCCAAAAGUAGUCGACAAGAUCCGAGAGGCAGCUCCGGGUCUCCGAUAUGUGUUUGACACCAUCGGAAACGAAACCUCUUCCAAGAUCGCUUCCAACGCCAUCACUCAUAGCGACGGCGUCCUGUGUACCGUGCGUCCUGGCAAAGCCAACACUGAAGGCGUGCUCAAGACCAUCAAAGUCACCGACGUUCUCGUCUGGACCGCCCUUAUGAAAGACCAUCGUUACGGAGAGUUCUUCUGGCCCGCCAACAAAGCGGAUCACGAGCUCGCCGCUGGCUUCUUUCAAGAGUUACCCGAGCUACUUGCCACAGGUAAGAUCAAGCCCAACACAUGCCAGCUGGACGUAAGUGGCCUAGAUGGUGUGUCGCGAGGGUUCCAGGAAUAUCGCGAUGGCAAGAUCUCAAACUAUAAGAUCGUUUACAAAGUUUGA